AUGUCCUUCGCGGGUUUAUCUGUCAUCGCCGACGGCAAGAUCCUGAGCAAAGCAGCCUCACCUGCCAUAGCUGGCACUAGCGGGUACCAUUUGCUUGUCGUCGAAGGCCUCUCGCGCACUCCAGCGGGCGAGCCCUUUUUGUCACGCUGCAUCACAGUCGGAGGCACUCAUUUGCAUAUCCUCUGCUACCCCAACGGCAAUAACACUGACAACGCCGGCUUCAUCUCACUUAGUAUUUUCCUCCGAAAGGUAGCCACUGGAACCGAAGAGCCCGUGAAGGCGCAGGUCGAGUUCAGUUUCGUGGACGAGACGGAGAAGCAGGAGCCGGCACGCAUCCAUGCAAGCAGAGUACUCGAGUUCCAACUCUGGGAGGAGACAGAAGAAUUCCACAAGUUCGUGCGAAGGGACGUCCUGGAGAAAUCCAAACACUUCAAGGACGACAGCUUCACCAUCCGCUGCGACAUCGUAGUCGUAGAUCCGAUAUGCGUCGACACUUUGGCCUCUAUCGUAGUGCCGCCGUCGGACAUGCAAAGAAACUUCAACGACCUUCUCAUUGCAGGGGAGGGCGCCGAUGUUACCUUCCAGGUCGGCGGUGAGACGUUUGCCGCACACCGCUGCGUCCUCGCUGCACGCUCUACCGUCUUCAAGGCAGCUCUCUUUGGCCACAUGAAGGAAGGCACGUCGUCGGCCGUCGUGCAGAUAGACGACAUGGACGCGGCGGUGUUCAAGGCAAUGCUCGGGUUCAUCUACGGAGACUCGCUGCCCGUGCCAAGGACGGAUGAGAACGAGGGCGAGGGGGUCCUGCUGCAACACCUGCUCGUCGCGGCGGACAGGUACGACCUCCGAAGGCUUAGAGCGAUGUGCGAGAAGAAACUCCACAUCGAAGUGGGCACGCUGACCACCAUCCUGGCACUCGCCGAGCAACACGGCUGUGUCUGGCUGAAGAAGGCAAGCUAUGAGUUUCUCCGUAGCCCGCCGAACCUGAGGGCUGUCGUAGAGACAGAAGGGUUUGAACAUCUCUGCAGCAGCUGCCCCACUCUUAUGAAGGACAUGCUCCUUGGCGUGCUGCCGCCUAAUUAG